AUGAGUAAAGAAGAUAAGAUCAAGGAUUUAAAGAAGGAGAAGAAGGAGAAGAAGGAAAAGAAGGAAAAGAAGGAAAAGAAGGAGAAGAAGGAGAAGAAGGAGAAGAAGGACAAAAAGGAAAAGAAGGAAAAGACAGAGAAAGAAGUCGAGGAAACUCCAUCAGCUAAUGAAUCUUCGGAGAAUGAAUCUUCACAAGUAGAAAUCUCAAAAAAAGCCCCAGUUGAUAAAUUCGAAGAAAUCGAUAUCAAACUUGACGAGCCAGUCCCACUUUCUAAGAAAGAAAAAAGAUUGCUCAAGAAAGGGAAGCUUGAAAAAAUCCCAAAGAAAAAGCUUGAAACCCCAAAAAUCAAGACCGUUGAUGAAGAAAAAGAAGAAGAAGCCAAUGUGGUUUUCAACGUUUGGGUAGGAAAUUUGUCUUUCGACACUACCGAAAAAGAGCUCAAGGAUUUCAUCAUUGCCAAAUCAAAGGUCUUACACGAUGAAGACUCUGAAAAACAUCCACAGGUUAUCGAAGAAGAGAAUUUCACCAGAAUAAAAAUGCCAAAACAGAAAACCAACCCAAAGAAAAUCAAAGGUUUUGCCUAUAUUGAUUUCAAGACCGAGGAACAAAUGAAGGCAGCGGUGGGAUUAUCUGAAACUAUUUUGAAUGGUAGAAACUUGUUGAUUAAGAGUGGUACCGAUUUCAAAGGAAGACCAGAAAUCAGCAAAGCACAAGAAAUCGAGUUUGGCACUCCAUCGCGUAUCUUAUUUGUCGGGAACUUGUCUUUUGAAACUACCGAUGACGAUCUUGAGAAGCAUUUCAGACACUGUGGAGAAAUCUUCAGAAUCAGAAUGGCGACUUUUGAAGAUAGUGGGAAAUGUAAAGGGUUCGGGUUUGUUGAUUUCACAGAAGUUGAGUCAGCAACCAAGGCAUUGAAAGACAAACUAUGCAAAAAACUUAUGGGAAGAAUGUUGAAGCUCCAGUACGGGGAAGACCGAAGCAAACGUAACCCAACCACCAAAAAGAGAAGCUUUGAAGAUCGUUUUGAUCAAUCCGCACAAAGCGAACACAGAAAUGACACCCAUGACAGCAACAGCAGCAGCAGCAGCAGUAGUGCCCCAGUGUACAAGAGACCAAAGCCAACUGGAGGCUUCAGAGACAAUAAUAACAACAAUAACAAGAACAGAAGAGUCAAGAGUAGUGUGGCCCUUGCCAGUGCCCAAAGAGGCUCAGCAGCAAUCGUGCAAUCGACUGGUAAAAAAAUCAAGUUUGACUGA